AUGGCUGCUAUCAAUGCUAUGCACCAGAAGGAUUGCCGUACCGACGAGCAGAAGGAAGCAGACAAGGAAAAGGAAGAGGAAGAGAAGGAUCGCACCGAAAAGAGCUACUUGCUCUAUGUUGCCCGCGCGCAGUCCAAGUACGAGCGCCAAAUGGAGCUCAAGGCCCUGGCCCGCUUCUGCAGGGGCCGUGGGGCAUCUGCAGAGAACAUUCAGCUUUCAGAGGAGAAGAUGCCGCCAAAGGAUCCG